UGGCGCUUCCUGACUUCUGUGCAAAGGGUGUUAAAGUUAUUUAACAGACCUCGCGGAUGCCUGUGCGACAUUUUACCUUGAAACGCAUUCAAACCGAUUACUAUAUCCGUCAAACAUGGAUAUCCUGACUGUGUUGCCGUCCAGCUUCGGAUAUGUCAUAUUUACCUACCUUUACAGCUGGAUCAUGCUUGGAUAUUUAGCUGUUAAGGUUGGGGCUGCCAGGAACAAGUUCAAUGUUAAGUAUCCCACUAUGUACAGUGACAAGGAGCAGGUGUUCAACUGUAUCCAGAGAGCACACCAGAACACCUUAGAGGUGUACCCACAGUGGCUUGUUUUCCAGACCAUAGCAGCCCUUGCUUACCCGUUGACAGCAUCAGUGCUCGGAGCAAUUUGGGUUACCAGCAGGUUUUCAUAUGCCUGGGGCUACUACACUGGAGAUCCAGAAAAAAGGAUGAAUGGUGUCUAUGGCUACAUUGGAUAUUUUGGCGUCAUUAUUCUUUCCAUAUGUGUUGCCUUGCAGUUACUUGGCUUCUUUUAAAACAUUCCUGCAUUUUAUAUUCCUAUCUGUGUAAAUGGUUAAGUCAAUGAGGCUUUAUGGCAUGAUAUUUGGAAAUGCAAAUCUUUAAGACAGUUGGAAAAUACUUGUUAUGCUAAUUUCAAAAUAUAUUUUGGACCAUUAACUUUGUAUGCGACAAUACUUGUUGUGAUUGGCUUCUUGAUGAUCUCAUCAACAAUAUGCUGCAGCCCAAGAUACAGAGCUUUCCCUAAACUAAAGGGCCGGCAACAGGCAUCAUAGCUCACACUUUUCAAUGUCUAAAAUGCUAUUGAAUCUAGAAUCACACCUUUCUAUAAAGGUUUUAAUAAAAAGAAUGACAUAAACAUUUA